AUGCACCACGCAAAUCUCGCCUGGAUCACGGAACGUGAUCUCAAGAACUACUACGUCCUACGUAGCACGCACCGUGGGGCGUGUUAUGAGUUAGAGUAUCCGCUGAGGGGAUGGCCUGAGAGUUUUUUGUCUUCGAAUUGGUUCGUCGCUUGUUUCUGA